GACGAGCCCUUUACAAGCACCACCUGCUGAACCAAAGCUGACAGAAAUCCUCGGGCCAGCUCCUCUCUGCUUCAGGACGUGUUUGGACUACCCUAAAACUUGGAAAAGUUACCUGAACACAUACAUCACAGUUUGAAGAAAAAAAGGUGCCCUAAAUGAAAUUUGCCACAGAUAUGUGAAUCCUAAUACCGUUUGGAACUGAAAGACAACAAGAUUGGACUUUCUGGAGCACAGAUUUCAUGGAUUCAAGUUCCAACACUGUGGUUGUAACUGGUUUUGGUCCCUUUAGACAAUACCUGGUUAAUUCUAGCUGGGAAGCAGUGAAGGAGCUGUCCAAGAGAGGCCUUGGUGAAAACAUAGAUCUGCGAAUCAUGCAGCUGCCAGUGGUUUACCAAAAAGCAAAGGAGCAAGUCUUCAUGAUAUGGAAAACUCUUCAGCCACUGCUUAGUGUUCAUGUUGGGCUGGCUUCAUCCACCAAAGCAGUCAUCAUCCUCGAGCAGUGUGGGAAGAACAAAGGCUACCAAGAGAUGGAUGCUUGUGGUUUUCACCCAGAAGGUGGCUGUUGCAUGCUAGAUGGCCCGGAAAAGAUUGAAUCUACAAUUAAUAUGAAGACUCUCUGGAAAAACAUUUUGGUGGAAGGGAUUGAUAUCAUCUUUUCCAGAGAUGCGGGAAGGUAUAUCUGUGAUUAUACCUACUACACUUCUCUUUACUAUGGCAAUGGAAGAGCAGCUUUCAUCCAUGUGCCUCCGUUAUCCAAAUCGGUAACAGCGGACUUUCUAGGGAAAGCAUUACAGACAAUUAUUUUAGAAAUGUUAAAACAGUGUGGGGAAGAACGAGAGUAAGAUGGAUAAUACUAGAAAACAAUGAGGAUUUCUUAGAAUGCAAUUCCUCACCUCUUAAAUGAAGCAAAUCUAAAUAUCAUUUAAAACCCUUACAUAAAGGAUUUUAUAUUCCAUGUUAUUUCCAGUGAAAUUUCCUCACAAAACUCAAAAACUGUUUAGAUCUCUCUUUGGUGUAGGAAGCUUCAGAGAAAAAACAAAUGAUUGGCAGUCUGUAUUGGUAACAAUGAUAAGGUUCAGAUUUAAGGCGGCGUGAAACUGGACUUAAACCCUUUUAGAUGCUUAAUCCUAGUUCUGAUGGUUAGAAAGACAUAAAGACCUGCUGAACCGAGAUGGAUGGUUACAGCCGCAAGGACAU